AUGGGUAAGAAGAAGCGCCAUGACCCAAUUCAUGACUGGCUAGACGCCGGAAUCCGACGUGCAUUUGGAGACAAAAGAGCCUGGAAUAAAUUCUACAACAAAGGCGGUAGUGAUAGCGACUCAUCCUGGGAUAGCGGCCGUAGCGGGCUCCAACGACGAUCCACUACUGGCGGGAUAUCGAACGGGCAGAGGAGCCAGCUACUUUCCCGCCACAAUGGGUUUGCACCAGGAUUUGGGAAUAAUGUCCAGAACUUUUCCCAGGGUGCCGGAAAUCUCACAUAUUCAUAUAAGGGAAGUCGUGGAGCGCUUACCCAUCCAGGCCCCUAUAACUCGACAUUACAAACAGCUCCACUUCCUCCUCUGCCUCCCAUGAGAAACUCCAGGCAGCUUCCUUACUUGGGACCUGUCCCGGGUCAAUUCAAUUCAAACGUCCCCGGAUAUUCACAGCAGCCUUCCAUGGGAAAUAUGGGCCCCGUCCCUCAACAAGAGCUACCGCACCGCCCCGCACGUGGUGCCUCGAUAUCGGGACCAAGUUCACCAUUUGUGCAACGAAGCGGCCUUCCACAGAGACCUGGUCAAUUUGGACCUCAGCGCCGGAGAGCUACAGCCCCGGCCCAAUUACCCCUACGGAACCCUUCUCAUCAAUCUACUCAUGGCCUCGCCCCGAGAGCAAAUACUGACAUUGUUCGAGAGAAGGCUGCUGGCUUAGAUGAAGAAAACAAGGGAGAAAGCCCCCGCAGUCACAGCAUUGGAGCGGAUCCGAGAGGAGAACUAGGAAGGAGAUACACUGAAAGCGGCAAGAUGGGUGACGAAAGUGCCCUAGAACAUGAAGACCGUCAUCAGAAGCGAGGAGUCAUAACUUUCAAUCUUCCAGGAUAUAAAAUUGCCGUCGAGAAGAAGCCUUCUCGUUCAUCUCAAACAGGUGGCCGGGAUUCAAGAUCAUCAGGCGAUAAGUCUGGACAGGGUUCGUCUAGGUCAUUAGGGGCGUUGGGACGGAGGUUAUCACAGCGGAUCAAGCGCAGCAGCAACGGAUUCCCAAUCCUGACCCAGUUUGCUCCCGAACCCGGUCAUAUUCCAUAUAGGCAAGUCGAAACAGAUCAAGCAGAGCAGCAGAGAGCUCAAGAGCAUGCAGACAGAGUGCUUGCACUGCAACGAUACGCGCAAGAACGAAGAGAAGCAGAGAAAAAAAUCCAGCGAGAAACGGUCGAAGUGGCCGAGCGAUAUAAUAAACCGAUGAGCUAUCAAAUGGAAGUGAGUGGAGAGGUAGGGCGGGUAGCGAGGGAACGCGAAGGGGGAGAUAUAGAAAGAAUAAGGAAAGAGAGAAGAGAGGCAACGCAAAGUCGGGAGUUGAGAGAUGCAGUGAGAAAGUAUGGUGAUGAGAAGCGGCGGAAGGACGAAGAGGAGAGAAGAGCAGAGGAGCAAGGGCGAACUAGGAAGGGAAAACAAUGGGAGGCGGCCGGGAGAGAACACACUGGGACGCAGCGGCGCAGGCGGGAGAUUGCUGCUCCAAGACAGAUCCAUCGACCUGCCAAAGUUCCAAUUGUCAACGGAGUUCCGGCUACCAUGAAUAAGCAGCAAGAAGAUAUGACCGGAACUUAUAUUGAACGAAUGGUCCCAAGGGAUAAGGUCCCACCAGCUGCGUUGACCGAAGAAAAUCUCCGGGGACGACAAGAAGGGUUUACGAACUCCGCUGUACCAAGUAUAAUGAAUAGGGGUUUAGGGGAUAUGACCAGGACGAUUCUUGAGGGAUAUGUUUCUCUAGAAGACAUCCGGAGAAGAGAGGAAGAGGAGCGCCAUCAAAGAUGGCGAUGA